UGGCUUUUUCAAGAGGAUGGGGACCCCUCUCACGGUAUGAGGAAAAGGGGCCUCGCGCAGCAGCUUAAGGAGAAUAAUUGGAUUAUUAACUUAAAGCACCCUGCCCAGAGCCCUGAUCUGAACCUAAUCGAGGCUAUCUGGAACAUAAUUAAGCAGAGGUUACGGCAUAGGAUCUUCCAAUCUGAGGAGGAAAUCAAGGAGGCUUUACAAGAGGAAUGGAGCAAAGUAAUAAUGACGGAAGUACGGAAACGAAUUUCCCAGAUGCCUAGGCGAUGCGCGCGCCUUAUUAAUAAUGGUGGAAAGCCUAUUAAGACUGCAUUAUGGUAA